AUGCUCACCACUCGUGGUGUUGCGCGUUUAUCUCGCAAGGCUGUCCGGGCCAGCCGAGCCAAUGUUGCAUUUUUUUCCGCUGCCCCAACUCUCGCUCGUGCUGCCCAGGUCAGCGACAUUUCUCCCAUACUCUUGAAUCCCUCUCUGGAACUGGCCGGAUCUGCUCUUUUGCUAGCUCGCACAUAUGCCACCGAGACUAAGAAGAACAUUGGUUCUGUCAAGACUGUCAUUGGUGCCGUUGUCGAUGUCCAAUUCGAGACUGAUGACCUCCCCCCGAUUUUAAAUGCACUUGAAGUUCAGGACUUCCAAGCAGGUCGCCUGGUUCUUGAGGUAGCAUCCCAUUUGGGCGAGAAUAGUGUUCGGACCAUUGCCAUGGAUGGAACGGAAGGUUUGGUUCGUGGGCAAAAGGUUGUUGACACUGGUGCCCCCAUUAUGGUUCCUGUCGGUACUGGCUGUCUCGGUCGUAUUAUGAAUGUCAUCGGAGAGCCUAUCGAUGAGCGUGGGCCCAUUAAGGGCGCCAGGAUGUCUCCUAUCCACGCCGACCCACCUCCAUUUGUCGAGCAGUCUACUACUGCGGAAAUUUUGGAGACUGGCAUUAAGGUUGUCGAUCUCUUAGCCCCUUACGCACGUGGCGGGAAGAUUGGUCUUUUCGGCGGUGCUGGUGUUGGCAAGACUGUGUUGAUUCAGGAACUCAUCAAUAACGUCGCUAAAGCCCACGGUGGUUUCUCGAUUUUCUGCGGUGUUGGUGAACGUACCCGCGAGGGUAACGAUCUGUACCAUGAAAUGAUUGAAACUGGUGUCAUCAACCUCAAGGGUGACUCGAAAGUUGCCCUGGUCUUCGGUCAGAUGAAUGAACCCCCAGGAGCUCGUGCUCGUGUUGCACUCACUGGCUUGACCAUUGCUGAGUACUUCCGUGACGAGGAAGGCCAGGAUGUGUUGCUCUUCAUCGACAACAUUUUCCGUUUCACUCAGGCUGGUUCUGAAGUGUCUGCAUUGCUCGGUCGUAUUCCAUCUGCCGUUGGUUACCAACCUACGCUCUCUACCGAUAUGGGUGGCAUGCAAGAGCGUAUCACAACUACCAAGAAGGGUUCUAUUACUUCCGUACAGGCCGUCUAUGUGCCCGCUGAUGAUUUGACUGAUCCUGCUCCGGCUACCACCUUCGCUCACUUGGAUGCUACCACUGUGUUAUCUCGUGGUAUUGCCGAGCUCGGUAUCUACCCCGCUGUCGACCCUCUCGACUCUAAGUCCCGGAUGUUAGAUCCUCGCAUUGUCGGCAAGGAACACUAUGAAGUCGCGACUGCAGUCCAGAAGAUCCUGCAGGAUUACAAGUCACUCCAGGAUAUUAUCGCCAUCUUGGGUAUGGAUGAAUUGUCAGAAGAGGACAAGCUGACUGUCGAGCGUGCUCGUAAGAUUCAGCGUUUCAUGUCGCAACCGUUCCAAGUGGCACAGGUCUUCACUGGCUAUGAGGGCAAGCUUGUCCCCCUUAAGGACACCAUUCGCUCGUUCAAGGAGAUCCUCGGAGGACAACAUGACUCACUCCCUGAGGCUGCUUUCUAUAUGACUGGAACCGUCGAUGAUGCCAAGGUCAAAGCCGAGCAACUCGCUAAGGAUAUGGCUUCAUAG